AUGUGCUCUUUCUUGAAAGUGGGGUCCCCUAAGGGAGUGGAGACCCCCAGGGAAUUGAGAACUUCCCUCGAGCCAGGUGCAGCUUUCCCUUCAGAGAUGAGCGCCUUUGGUGGAAUGAAGGUGUCUGGGGGGAAAUCUCUGAGCUCGAAGGUCGGACUCAUUCACCAAGGCAAGGAUGACUUAGGAGACAGGAGGGUUCUCGUGGGAACACAGUCUCCCACGGAGUUGGGGCUUGGAGUAGGAUUAGGAAAAGAAGAUUCCCGAUGGAGCGAGAGCGCCAUGGUUAAUAAUAAGUAUGAGAAGAGAAUGGGGCCACAAGGAACAAAAUCUCCACUGAGCAAGGGCCUUGAAAUGGGAUUAGAAAAACAGAAUAUUUCUGGAUUGGGGUUGAAAGUCCCCACGAAAUGGGGUGAUUUAGGAGUGAACAAGAUCUCAGUCUCUCCAGAAACAAAACCUUCUCUGGCAAUGUCGCCAGGAAGAAUGGGUUUAGAAAAUGAGUGUCUUCUGGCAGGGUGUCCCCAUGGAAGGAUAAUACAGCCUCCCUUGGGCAUGGAGUGUAGAAGUCCACAGGUUCUAGAGAGCAGGAGAGGGCCUGUGGUUAGUGCCCCUGAAGGGAUAGAGGCUUCAGUGGGAAAGCAGCCUGCUUUGGGUGUGGAACCUAGACAGGAACUGGAGAAAGACUCCACCUGUGUUGUGAUGAAGCCCAGUGCAGAGAUGACGCAUCCAGUGGAGGUGGACACUGGGUUACCCCAACCAGAGGAGCCAGAGCCCCAAAUGGGCUUAGUGAUAGAACCCCUUGUAUGCCAGUUUGCCCGGCAACCGGAAGAGAAAAAGGAGGAGGCUGAAAACAUUGAACUAGAAGUGGAGCCUCCACAUUGCAUCAGACCCAUAUACUCUGGAAAAUUUUUUGAUCGAACGCCUCACUGGCCAAGUGCAGGAAAAGUUACUCCGAUUGGAUACAGAGUUGCAAACUGCUUGACUGAAAAACUUCCCAGGCUCAUUACUCCACCUGAGGCAAAAAAGUUUUUCAACUUCAGAUAUCCACCUGCUGGAGCUGAAAGAGUGUUUUAUGGCAGAGCAAAUGACCCUCAGAUUGCACCUAACUUGACACAUGGCAUAAAAUCCAGAAGCUCAAUACCGGCAAACAUGUUGAUAAAUCCACAGCCUAUUACCACAUUUCAACAAAAAAUUAAAGAUGAAAAAGAAUCUAUAUAUUUUAGCCAUCAACGAGCACCAUUAGGAAAAUCUCAUGAUCAAACAGCAGGAUUACCUAAAGGAAUGGAUGUAAUCAAUACGACCUUUGGGACAGCAGUCAUCAGAGAAUUCUCAGCUAGAGAUGUGGUGAAUCCACCAAAAUCCUAUGAAGAAGUAUUGAAAGAAGGAAAAGAAGGACAUGAUCUAUAUAUUGUUUCUCACAAUGAUUAUGAUGUGGGGGAAGUAAAGAACAGAAAGUAUAACCCAGCAAGUUUCCAUAGGUUUGGCUUGUAUGGAGUCCCAACACCACAUUUUAAUGAUGGACGAACCAUGGCAAAAACUUUAUACUGGCUCCACGAACUACAAAUGAAAAGAGGAGCUAAAGUUGUAUCCAAGAGAGUUGAUGAUUUCAAAGAGAAGUUUCAGCAUAAACUUGGAAGAGUUUUAGACCCCAUUGCAGAAACAAUGAAUGUUCCCCCAGACCACACAUUUGGAGCUUGCCUCCGUCCUGAGGAGUAUGGAGCUGGUGAUCUCAUCCACAAUAGACUUCCGGGUGAAUAUCUUCGAGGCAAGGAUAGACAGCGAGCCAUGCUUGCCGCAGUUCGACAUCACUUGAAGAAAGUCAACUGCCAAAACUUCGACACCUUGCUGGCAGCCUUCAAGCACUAUGACAAGAAGGGAGAUGGGAUGAUCGAUAAAGCCGAGCUGCAGGAAGCUUGUGACCAGGCUAACCUGCAUUUAGAUGAAAAACUCCUGGACCAGCUAUUUAACUACUGUGAUGUGGAUAAAGAUGGCAUGAUUAACUACUUAGAAUUUGCAAAUUUUCUUAACUGGAAAGACAAACUACCUCUUAAAGAGUAUGAAGAGAGGGUCAUUAUUAAAGGUAGAAAACAAGAUUGUACAAACCUUACUGAGGCUAAUGUUCAAGAAUCUGUCCCAACUCUCCUGAUAAAACCUGAUGAUAUUAUCUUAAAAGAGCCAGGGAGCUCAGAAAAGACGCUUCGGACACUUCUGAGACCAAGCGAUAAGGUGUCUAAUGAGUAUAAGACUUCUUCUUCUGAGAUCAAUGCUGUCGUGGGAGCCGUUCCUUCUACUUGUUAUCCUAUCUAUGGUGUCCCAACCAUUCGGUCUGAUAUUCCUGCCCCCCGGAUUCGUCGGGUCAGUGAUAGAACUAAUUAUGGUGAAGAGGGCAAUGCUUAUUCAUUACUACAUCCUACCAUCUUCAGCCAGAAAGGAGUGUUUGAAAGAGACUUCUUCAAGACCAGAUCAAAAGAAGAGAUUGCACAGAUAUUAUGUAACAUUGGUAUCAAGCUUUCUGAUGAAGAAUUUGAAAAUGUAUGGAAUCUUGCAUCAAAAAAACAUCAGAGUGGAGAAGUCUGUGUAGAGAGCAUCAGAAAUGUUCUAGAUGAGCUGCAGCAUGCAGACCGAAUCAAGUGUAAAACAACCAUGUGA